AUGGCGUUCCCGGCGGUGUCAGCAGAAGCACGGGUCCCUUCCCCGCCGCCUCUCAGAUUGAGCCACGGCAAAGGUCGCCCAUACGACGUCCCUCCACCGCAUGCGCCAAAUCAGCAAUACGCGGUAAUUCCAGAGACGAGCUAUAACAAUAAAUUCAUGCCGUAUCCCUACGAUUACAAUGUCGUGCCACCACUAUCUCCACCUACUCCAAAAGCUGCCCUCAGUCCGAGCCCCAGGCUACUCCAAAACCAGCAAGCUGCAUCUUCGUUUAGUGAGCUGUCUUAUCAGUACAGGCCAAUUGAAGAUGCAUCCAUCAGAUUGGUUAGAAUAUUGCCGGAGAGGAAGACGAUGAUCAAGUGCGAAAUUAUCCAUGUUUCCUUGGAACAGCCUCCUCCUUAUAAGGCUAUCUCGUACACUUGGGGCGAUACGGGUGAUACCCGCAAGAUCGAGAUUGAAGGUUGUUUGAUCCCGAUAGCUGUCAGCCUCCACGGUGCCUUGCAAGCACUACGCAAAAAACAAUCAUCUGUCUUGAUAUGGGCAGAUGCUCUGUGCAUCAAUCAAAAGGAUCGAGAUGAGCGGAGUCAGCAGGUUCAACUGAUGCCGUUUAUCUACUCUAAUGCUGAUAGCGUCGCAAUCUGGCUUGGUCCGGAAGAGAACGACAGCACACGAGCUGUUAGUUUUCUCGAUGCCAUAGCGACUACAGGUGAACCUUUUGGGUCCAGCAAUAUUUCCAAACUACUAGCAGCUGGUGCCGAAAACGGUGACCUUUUAGCAGUAGUAUCACUCUUUGGGAGGGAAUAUUGGAGACGACUAUGGGUCGUCCAGGAAGUCUUCAAUGCGAAGCGAAUAAUGGUUCAUUCUGGCUCGACUCGUCUUGAGUGGAAGAAAUAUCAAAGUGCUUCAGUACUAUUCAGCCAGCGCCGUGGGGAACUCAUCUUCAAUAACAAAGACCAGCUCAAGAGGCGACUAGCAGCUUCGCCCGAUCAGUUCAGCUAUGUUCAGACCCUCAUUUACCAAGGGCCAGCCAGUCUACCAGACCUCAAAUUCCACAUGUCGGAUGGAGAAGAGGCUCUUCUACAGGUGCUACGAACUUGUCGCAGGAAGCUCGCCUCUGAUCCUAGAGAUAAAUUGUACGGAAUCCUUGGCGUUUUGCCAGCAAGUAUUCGAGACGAGUUCCGCGCGGACUACAAUCUCUCCGUGAAGGAUGUGUACACUGAGAUUGUCGACUUUCUUCUCAAGACGACUGAAAAGCUCGACAUUAUCUGUGAAGCAAUCCACUUCCCUGUUCACACCAGCACCGCCAACCUUCCAACAUUCGUUCCGGACUGGUCACAUAUUCCGCAAACAUCGGCAAUGGGCUUCAAGUAUAAUUUCUCAGCAUCAGGUUCGAGUAAAGCCAUUUGCAGGUUCCGCGAUGAACGCCUCAACAAGCUUGAAAUUUCAGGGCUCGAGAUCGACGUGGUGCAGAGCAAGGGUGUUGUCGUCGGCACACUUUGCAACCUAGGAGAUUACCUUGUGGCGUUCCUGCACUGGAGAGCGCUACUUCUUCAGGCCGUUGAAGGUCGCAAUGAGCAAGAAUUACAAAUGGCGGAAGAGUGCUUUGCAGCGACGAUCUGUCUUGGUCAAAUCCCAUCAGAGUAUGACCGAGGUCGAUGGCAGGCAGAAAUCUAUCAUAUCUUUGCGAACCUCUUUCGCGACCGUCUACCAUACAUCAGGCUCGAUGACAGACUAGCUUACUACUUGGAAACUCCAUCCGAGGUUAAAGCUGAAAUGAGGCGGCACUUUCUGCAAAUUCAUUUUGGGGAUCGUAUGAUGGGGAGGUGUUUCUGUCUUACGCAGAAUCGUCGGCUUGCGAUGGGAUCGGGGUUCAUGCUUGCGGGUGAUGUAAUUGUUGUGCCGUUGGGUUGUUCGACACCGAUAUUGUUGAGAGCUGAGGGGACGCAGGGUGAGUAUAGAUACGUGGGCGAUAUAUAUGUUGACGGGUAUAUGUUUGGUAAAGCUGUGGAUCAAUGGCAGGCGGGGAAGAGGCAGUUGAAGAAGUAUGUACUUCACUAA